AUGUUUUCAGCAAUCUCGCGUGGGUUCCCCAGAAUCAAAACGGGCGACACCUCCUUUUCCUUGAAGUCACUAUGGCUUCUAUCAUUGCUCAUCUUGUGGGGUCCUCCAUUGUCCUCGGCUAAGUCAGCUGCGGAUUACUAUGUUCGCUCGUUGCCAGGUGCCCCCGAUGGACCCUUGCUGAAGAUGCAUGCUGGACAUAUUGAAGUGGAUCCGCAGAGCAAUGGUAAUCUCUUCUUUUGGCAUUACCAAAAUCGCCAUAUUGCCAACCGUCAGCGAACUGUAAUCUGGCUUAACGGUGGCCCGGGAUGUAGCUCAAUGGAUGGUGCAUUGAUGGAGGUUGGUCCAUAUCGAUUGAAGGACAACAAUACGUUGGAGUAUAACGAAGGUUCUUGGGAUGAGUUCGCCAACCUACUUUUCGUGGAUCAGCCGGUUGGAACUGGCUUCAGCUACGUUAAUACCGACAGUUAUCUUCAUGAAUUGGACGAGAUGUCCGCGCACUUCAUGAUAUUCUUGGGCAAGUUCUUUGAACUUUUCCCGGAAUAUGAAGGUGAUGACAUUUACCUUGCGGGCGAGUCCUACGCCGGUCAGCAUAUACCAUAUAUUGCCAAGGCUAUUUUAGACCGGAACAAGAAUGCGGCAAGCCCUUGGAACCUUCGCGGCCUUUUAAUAGGCAACGGUUGGAUCUCUCCUGCGGAUCAGUAUCCCUCUUACUUGACUUUCGCAUACGAAGAAGGCCUUAUUGAAGAAGACAGUCGGACCGCAAAGAGCCUGGAAGUGUUACAGUCGGUCUGUCAGUCGAAGUUGGAGACUGGUGGAAAAGACCAAAUACAUAUUGGUGACUGUGAAUCAGUGUUGCAGGAGCUUCUGUCAAAGACUCUAGACUCUGACAACAAAUGCUACAACAUGUAUGAUAUCCGCCUCCGCGAUACGGCUCCGUCUUGUGGCAUGAACUGGCCUCAAGAUCUAAAGGAUGUGAAGCCGUAUUUACGAAGGGCGGACGUUGUUAAAGCUCUGAAUAUAAAUCCUGAAAAGAAGUCAGGGUGGGAAGAAUGCUCAGGGGCUGUCAGCAGUUCUUUUCUUCCGAAAAAGUCGGUGCCGGCUGUUCAACUACUUCCCAGUCUACUCGAAUCGGGGAUUUCAGUUCUUCUAUUUAGUGGUGAUAAAGACCUCAUUUGCAACCACGUCGGAACCGAGCAGUUGAUAAACAAUAUGAAAUGGGGCGGUGGAGUCGGCUUCGAGACAUCACCGGGCGUCUGGGCUCCCCGGCAUGAUUGGACUUUUGAGGGCGAACCAGCGGGUAUCUAUCAACACGCGAGGAAUUUGACAUAUGUUCUUCUUUAUAAUUCUAGCCAUAUGGCGCCUUACGACCUCCCUCGCCAGACUCGAGACAUGCUUGAUCGCUUCAUGAAGGUCGAUAUAGCAAGUAUCGGCGGUAGCCCUGCAGACUCGCGCAUUGAUGGCGAAAAACUGCCUCAAACAUCUGUGGUGGCAGAGUGGAAAGCCUAUGCCAAGUCUGGAGAGGCAGUCCUCGUGGUUGUCAUCAUUGGCGUUUCUGUCUGGGGCUUCUUUAUAUGGCGCAGCCGACAACGACAUCGCAGGUAUCAAGGCCUGUACCACGAGGACGUAAGUGGGAGUUCCGUUCUAGAGCGCUUUCAUAACAAACGCUCAGGGACGGACGUAGAGGCGGGAGAUUUUGACGAGUCAGAGCUCGAUGACCUCCAUUCGUCGGACAUGGCGCGAGAACAUUACGCAGUGGGGGAUGACAGCGAUGAAGAUGACGUGAACCGACAGCAUCAGCGAACAACCAUACAUCCAAGCUGA